CUUUCAGACAUGGACAUGCCUUGCUUGUAACUGGCUGGGAAAUGCAACAGGAGAAACACACUUGGCAAGGAUUCCUGCACCUGAUUAACUGCAAACAAAUUUAAAUAAAUAAGUUCUAAAAAGGACAAAACAUUGAGUGGAAGACAUUCACCCUGAAUCAACAGAGAGAAGAUUGGUGACCCUUUCCGAGGCAAAGAGCUGCUAAACAGAUAAUUCUGGGAGCUGCUAAACAGAUAAUUCUGGGAGCCCACACUCUGUUUAGCAGAUGCUUCCGUCUCCAAGGAACUGAGGCAAAGCCUAAUUAAAUGAAGAAUGGAAAGAAGGUCUCCUAGAUAAGAAGAAAACCAGUUUUUGGGAGGAAGAUAAAACCUGUCUAGACCUUUGGAGUAGUUCAAAGGAAGGACUGGCUAUAAAAGCUGGAUUGUUCCAGUGAGGACGUCCUGCAAACUGAAUGUGAGAAGCCACAGACAGCCCCUGCCAGAAAUUUCAGCAAGGAAAACAAAUGGGUGAAGAAAGCUUGAAGAGAAGAAAAGGAGAGGACAAAGGAAGAGAGAACAGACAAUCCAUCCAGAGUCAUGAGCCCCAAACGAUGAACCUACAGAAGCAGGUGGGCCUGAUUAGUGGAAUCUGUAUGAUUGUGGGUACCAUUAUUGGCUCAGGUAUCUUCGUUUCUCCAAAAUCAGUUCUUGCCAAUGUGGAAGCUGUGGGUCCUUGUUUAACCAUCUGGGCAGCCUGUGGAGUUCUGGCAACAUUAGGUGCACUUUGUUUUGCUGAGCUUGGUACGAUGAUCACAAAGUCUGGGGGAGAAUAUCCUUACCUCAUGGAGGCGUUUGGGCCGAUUCCAGCCUUUCUGUUCUCUUGGACGAGCUUGCUGGUCACAAAGCCCAGCUCCUUUGCCAUCAUCUGCCUCAGCUUUGCAGAAUAUGCAUCAGCUCCUUUUUACCCAGGCUGUGACCCACCCCAGGCUGUCAUCAAGUGCCUGGCAGCUGCUGCUAUUGUGGUAAUUACAAUUGUGAAUUCAUUGAGUGUGAAGCUGGGAAGUUACCUCCAGAAUUUUCUCACAGCUGCUAAAAUGAUCAUUGUCACAAUCAUUAUUGUAAGUGGAAUUGUUCUCCUUGCACAAGGAAAAACAGAUAACUUUAAAGAUUCUUUCAAGGGCAGUAAAAUUUCUGUUAGUUCUAUCAGUUUGGCAUUUUAUAAUGGACUCUGGGCAUAUGAUGGAUGGAAUCAACUCAAUUACAUCACAGAGGAACUUAAAAAUCCUUACAGAAAUCUGCCACUGUCUAUAAUUAUUGGAAUCCCCUUGGUCACAGUUUGUUACGUUCUGAUAAAUGUUUCCUAUUUCACUGUGAUGACUUCAACAGAGCUCCUGCAGUCCCAGGCUGUUGCUGUGACAUUUGGAGACAGAGUCCUUUAUCCAGCCUCUUGGAUAGUUCCUCUCUUUGUGGUAUUUUCCACACUUGGAUCUGCCAAUGGCACCUGUUUCACUGCAGGCAGACUUGUGUACGUUGCAGGUCGUGAGGGGCACGUGCUGAAGAUUCUGUCCUACAUCAGUGUCAAGCGCUUAACACCAGCACCUGCCAUCAUAUUUUAUGGGGCCAUUGCUAUUAUUUAUGUUAUUCCUGGUGACAUUAAUUCCCUCAUAAAUUACUUCAGCUUUGCAGUCUGGAUCUUUUAUGGUUUAACUGUACUUGCACUAAUUGUUAUGAGGUUUACAAGGAAGGAACUCAAGAGACCUAUCAGGGUCCCCAUCAUCAUUCCUGUCAUAGUGACACUGGUGUCAAUUGUGCUGGUACUGGCACCAAUCAUCAGUGCACCUGAACUGCCCUAUUUGUACUGUACUUUAUUUAUACUUAGUGGACUUAUAGUUUAUGCACUUUUUGUUCAUUUAAAAUUCAGAUGGGCACAAAAAAUAUCAAAGCCCAUCACUAUGCACCUCCAGAUGCUUUUGGAAGUCGUUCCAGAAGAAGACGUUCCAGAAUGAAGUAUUUUAUACCCACCAGGUUGUUUUAAAGUGCUCUACUGGUUGAAAUAUAUUCAAUUUAGUUUGGCACACAUAUAUAUUUGCUAAAUUGUUAUGUUGGUACUGGUGUAUUAGUUUUGCAACACUUCAGUACUUUAAAGCAUCAAAUACAUAUAAUAAAAGAUUUCUAAGCCAGACUACAGUGUCCAGCAAAGCUGGUUUCAUUGUUUGUUAAUAAAUUAUGGUGUCUUGUUUUCUGAAUUAAA